GCGACAGUUGCCACACGUCAUCUCGAUUUUCCGAGUUCAACAAUUUCUAUUCAAAAUAGUCUCCCUCUACUUUCGCACUUUUUUUUUGUCCACUCAACGUUAGACGUGUUAGCGCUGUUCUAUCCGCCCUGACCGCCCACGUACGAUUGAUUACAAGGGAGAAGAGUGACUACGGUUUAUAUACUUCUUGGGUCUCUUAAGUCUAGUCAAGAGGCUUAUGGGAUCACCGAGAGGCCCGGUGUUAUAAUGGCUCUCGUCGACAAUUCCCAGAUUCAGGGCGCCGAGUUGCUCAAGCCGCUCCCCCUCUAUCUUCACACAUAUGUCGCGCCUUUUGCCAUAAUAUGGCCUAUAUUCGCCCGUUAUUUCUACACCCCCGAGCUAUACGCCAAGCAUAUUGGUUCAUCUGAGUGGACUUUCGUCUGGUGCGGCGCCAUCAUUACUCUGCAGAGUUUGGUCUGGCUUAGCACAAACUGGAGCGUCAAUCUUAAGGCUCUCUUUACUGCGAGGAAAGCAAGCAGGAUCGAAGAUGCGCAACUGAUCAAGGUCAUCCCCAUCGCCAAUGCCGGCUCAGCCGACAUCUGCAAACUUAUUCGCGAUAAGGUCGGCGACGAGACAAAUCUGUCUUUUCUAUUUCAGAAGCGCCGUUUUCUCUAUGACCCUGCGAAGAAAUCCUUCAGUACCUUGACCUACGAGAUCGACGCUGAGCCUAAGCCUAAGAUCGGGAAGUUUCAGAAAUCGACCGGCAUCUCUUCUCAAGCGGAACUCACUAAGCUUGAACAAUACUAUGGCUCUAAUACCUUUGAUAUUCCCGUACCUACCUUCACCGAGCUCUUCCGAGAGCAUGCCGUUGCUCCCUUCUUCGUCUUCCAGGUCUUCUGCGUUGGUCUCUGGAUGCUGGAUGAGUACUGGUACUAUUCUCUAUUUACCCUAUUUAUGCUUGUCGCAUUCGAGAGCACGGUAGUCUGGCAACGACAGCGUACCCUGGUCGAAUUUCGAAGCAUGAGUAUUAAGCCGUACGAUAUGUGGGUGUACCGAUUGGGCAAGUGGACUGAGCUCGAGAGCGACAAGCUGCUUCCGGGAGACCUCGUUUCCGUUGGGCGAACUAAAGAGGAUAGCGGUGUUGCGUGUGAUAUGCUUCUGGUCGAGGGCACAGCUAUCGUUAACGAAGCUAUGCUUUCAGGGGAGAGCACACCGUUAUUGAAGGAUUCGAUUCAACUUAGACCCGCCGAUGCUUCUAUCGAUACCGAGGGACUAGAUAAAAAUGCUUUCCUCUGGGGUGGCACCAAAGUCCUGCAAAUUACGCAUGGUAACCCCGACGAGGAGAAGCCUAAGCUCGCCUCAGGUGUUCCACCGCCUCCUGACAAUGGUGCUAUGGCCAUCGUGAUGAAAACCGGCUUCGAGACGUCGCAGGGUAGUCUGGUUCGCACUAUGAUUUACUCGACGGAGCGUGUUUCUGCGAACAAUGCCGAAGCUUUGUUUUUCAUUCUCUUUCUCCUCAUCUUUGCGGUGGCCGCUUCGUGGUAUGUCUGGGACGAGGGUGUCAAGAAAGAUCGCAAGAGAUCGAAGUUACUCCUUGACUGUGUUUUGAUCGUCACUAGCGUCGUGCCUCCUGAGCUUCCCAUGGAACUCAGCUUGGCAGUCAAUACUAGUCUGGCAGCCCUGGCUAAGUUUGCUAUCUUCUGUACUGAACCUUUCCGUAUUCCUUUUGCCGGCCGUAUUGACAUAGCAUGCUUUGACAAGACUGGUACCCUAACCGGCGAGGACCUGGUCGUCGAAGGCAUUGCGGGACUUGGACUUGGCCACACUGGCACAGAUACCCCUCGCGAAUCUGAUGGUGCUCAUAGCCAUCUAACCUCUGUCAAGGAUGCUGGAAUGGAAACAACCCUCGUGCUAGCUAGCGCCCACGCUCUCGUUAAGCUUGAAGACGGCGAAAUUGUGGGUGAUCCUAUGGAAAAGGCCACGCUCGCAGCUCUCGGUUGGAGUCUAGGCAAAAACGAUACUCUCGCUGCGAAGCCUGCCGUCACGGCCGCAGGGGGUACCUCGGGCGCUGUUCAAAUCAAGCGCCGCUUUCAAUUCUCGUCUGCUCUGAAGCGCCAGAGCUCCGUCGCUACAGUAAAUGCUGCUGACCCUAAGACUGGCAAUAAGGUGCGCGGUACCUUCGUGGGUGUGAAGGGCGCCCCAGAAACCAUAAUGAGGAUGCUUGUUUCUAUCCCCAAGGAUUAUGAAGAGACUUUCAAGUACUUUACUCGACGGGGUUCCCGAGUGCUUGCUCUCGCUUACAAACAAUUAACAUACGAUAGCGAGCUCGGCUCUGGCAAAAUCAACGAUCUGAAGCGUGAGCAAGUCGAGGCUGACCUUACCUUUGCCGGUUUCUUGGUUCUCCAGUGUCCUCUGAAGGAUGAUGCGAAGCAAGCUGUGCAAAUGUUGAAUGAGAGCAGCCAUCGUGUCGUCAUGAUCACGGGAGACAAUCCACUUACGGCUGUGCAUGUCGCUAGAGAAGUCGAGAUUGUUGACCGUGAUGUUCUCAUUCUAGACGCCCCAGAACAAAAUCACGGAGGGGAGAAGUUAGUCUGGCGUAGCGUUGAUGAUAAGACCAAUAUCGAGGUAGAUGCGUCGAAACCGAUCGACCCCGAAAUCAUCAAGUCGAAGGACAUCUGUGUUACUGGAUAUGCGCUGGCUAAGUUUAAGGAUAAUAAAGCUGCCUGGCGAUCGCUCCUCCGUCAUACUUGGGUCUAUGCUCGCGUGUCUCCAAAGCAAAAGGAAGAAAUUCUCUUGGGAUUAAAGGAUAUGGGUUAUUUUACACUGAUGGCUGGCGAUGGAACCAACGAUGUUGGCGCUUUAAAACAGGCUCACAUUGGUAUCGCUCUUCUCAAUGGCACACAAGAAGACUUGACAAGGAUCGCAGAGCAUUCCCGCAACACUAAGAUGAAGGAGCUCUACCAGAAGCAGAUCGACCUUAUGAAACGAUUCAACCAGCCCGCGCCUCCUGUUCCGCCCAUUAUUGCUCAUCUUUAUCCUCCCGGCCCCUCUAACCCUCACUACGAAAAGGCGAUGGAGCGAGAGGCGCAGAAGCGAGGUGUUACUGUCGAAGAACUUGCGAAGCUAAAUGGUACAAACAUCGAGACCGUAACUAGCCCAGGAGCUCGGCAGCUACUGAACCAAGACCCGAGAGCAUCUAGGCAACUAGAGGCGGCUAACAAGGCCGCCGGCUUCGCUGACAAGAUGACGACCGCGAUGAUGGAGCAGGAAUUGGGUGAUGAUGAGCCGCCUACUCUCAAGCUAGGUGAUGCAUCAGUCGCUGCGCCUUUUACUAGCAAGUUACGAAAUGUCAUUGCUGUCCCUAACAUCAUUCGACAAGGCCGUUGCACACUGGUCGCCACGAUUCAGAUGUACAAGAUCUUGGCUCUCAACUGUCUCAUUAGUGCCUACAGUCUCAGUGUUCUUUAUCUCGAGGGUAUCAAGUUUGGCGACGGGCAGAUUACUAUCAGUGGAAUGCUCAUGAGCGUCUGUUUCCUUUCGAUUUCCCGCGCGAAAUCUGUCGAAGGGCUGUCCAAAGAGAGACCACAGCCCAAUAUAUUCAACUUUUAUAUCAUUGGUUCGAUCCUAGGCCAAUUUGCUGUUCAUAUUGCUACACUUAUCUACAUCGCCCGAUUCUGCGACAAGCUAGAGCCACGAUCUGAGAUGGUUGAUCUCGAGGCCGAGUUCAAGCCGUCAUUACUAAACAGCGCCGUAUACCUUCUGCAACUGAUCCAGCAGAUCUCUACGUUUGCAGUCAAUUAUCAGGGCCGGCCAUUUAGAGAGUCCCUGUCUGAGAACCGAGGUAUGUAUUGGGGUAUCAUCUCGGUUACUGGUAUUGCGUUCGCCUGCUCGACGGAAUUCUUCCCGGGACUCAACGAGCAGAUGAAGCUUGUGAAAUUUACGGAGGAAUUUAAGACCACGAUGACUGGAGUUAUGGUUAUCGACUAUGCUGCUUGUUAUAUCAUCGAGGUGAUCCUCAAGCGGCUUUUUAGCGACUUCCGUCCUCGUGACAUCGCGAUACGCCGGCCAGAGCAGAACGAGCGUGAGAGGGUAAGAAAGGAGGCAGAGAAGGCGCUGAAGGACGCCGAGGAGGAGAAGAGGCAAGCAGAGAAGGUAGCAGCUUUUGAGAGGAAGUUGGAGGAACGAAAGCAGAAGCUCCGAGAGGCGACACAAGCUGUCCGCGCUGCGAGGUAAUGCUCUAUGUUCCUUUAGAAAGCAUUUUGUUUCUAUAUAAGGGACAGGUGGGAUGUUUGAUGCAUAGAUAUGACAUUGUAGACAUAUAGAAAAGACGUUGGUUCCAUAGAUCAACCCGCCUAUAUUCUUGUUCA